AUGCAGGGGCUGGAGGUGGAGGAAGUGCUGGAUGUAAGUCCUUGGAGGAAGUGGAUAGCUGUGCAAGCUAGGAUCCCGGGUAAGGAGGGCAAGGCUGUCGUUCUCCUAGAGAAAAAACCCUUCGAUGUCGAAGACGUGAAAAGAAUGCUAGCACCCAAUGCCGGAGCCGAGUACAAGCUUGACUUCCAGAACGCUGAGUACUGCGUCUACAACCUACAAGUACCUCCUGCUCUCAAUGCAAUCAAGUGUGACACUAUCUUCCCUGCCACUGAUCAACAAAUCAACAAGUAUCGAAAGGAUGAGAUACAUGUCUUGUGGGAGACCGUGGACAUCUACAAGAAUGUCGUCCUUCCAUUCGUAGAGGAGAACGAGAGAGGCCGUCGGAUACAAUGGGUUCACAACAUUUUGGAUGGAUCUGCGGAGCAGGAGAGAAUUAUCUACCAUAACAAUGAUCCUCGAGACGGGUUUGUGCUACUCCCAGAUUUGAAAUGGGACCAGACCAACGUUUCUAACUUAUACUGCCUCGCCAUUGUGAACCGGAAAGACUUGGUGUGUCUACGUUCACUGAACGACGAGAACCUCGACUUGCUUCAGAACAUAUACCACCAAGGCUGCGGUGCCAUACUGGAGAAGUAUGGCGUUACCCCAGACAAACUUAUCGUUCACAUACACUACCUUCCAACUUUCUGGCACCUGCAUGUCCACUUUCUUCAUGUCGACCUCGCCCUCAGUGCAGGAGUCACGAGCAAAGCGCACAACCUCCGUGACUGCAUCGAGAACAUCAGAUUGCUACCGAGUUACUAUCAAGUGAAGGAGAUGGAAGUCCGCCUGCUUGAGAAGUCGUUGCUCUGGAAAGCAUGGACUGAAGCCAAGGACGCAGAAGCCGCGACGCAGCUGCAGGAUGGACCCUAA